AUGAACGAAGAAGAAGAAGAAGAACAAGAAGAAGGUGUUCCUGAUAACACGAUACAUAUGGGAGCAGUCAACAAACGGCAAACACCGUUCACAUCGGUGUCAAUGAUACCGUCCAUCAAAUCGUUUCUCGCCGUAACAGCGAUAAAACCAGUUCCAUCCCUUCUCUUCUCAUUUGCUUUCGGUAUGCGCGCAGCUCUUCCGCUCAUUGCGUUGCCGUCGACGUCCUAA